GGCGUCUCAUUGCUAAGACGUCCUCACAACCUCGUCGCCGCCUGGCUUCCCCUGUAUUCUCUCCCUUUUGGUCUUUAGUUUGGCAGCAACCCCGUCACCAUGCUGGGCAGGCUGUUGAGCACAGCCGCGUCCACUUUGAACCCGGCGAGUUAUGGCUCUCGAAAUGCCGCCCAUCUGGAAUCGGUGACAGAGGAGGAACACACUUCGGGUCUUUUGUUUCCUGACGCGAGCCUACUCCGGCGCUCCAAUGCGCACGCGUAUCCCCUCCAGACGAGCUUCUCGUCUCCGAAUGCCUCGACCGCCGGCGCAUAUGAUGAUCGCGGAGGAUUGGAGCUAGAUGCAGGGAAGGAUUUCCGUGUCCUCAUCGCACAGAACGCGCUGGGAGACCGGGAUGAACCCUGCAUACUGCUUGACACCCGCAUGAAUGCAGACCAACCUCCGCAGGGCCUGGGAUUAGAUCCUCAUGUGUUCGAGGGUCCAUCGCGCAGACACACGAGAACAGCAAGCCUCACGAAGGCACCGCCGCGGCGUGCCUCGGUCCAGACCACCGGGGUGCAUCAGUCCUCCCUGGUGGAACCCAGACCGCUGGCGAUGGCAGCCAGCGCGAGGAAAUCGGGUCCGCUGAGUCCCGGAGCUUUUAAUCGCACCAGAGGUAGAAGCUCCACCUUGUCCGCUGCAGUGGGGGGUCCCGAAUCUUAUCAUAAUCGACACGCCGGCGACUCCAGCGAAUACGGACUUUUGAAUUGCAUCUUUGGAAGCAGUGCUUUUAGUUAUCGAGGUUCCUCGACCAAGAUACAUAUCCUGUCGGCGGAUGGUGACACCGCAAAUAGUUCUCCCGGGGCCUCGCCGUCCCACCGUGGCCCCGACAAUUAUGGCUCACGAGGCAUGACACAACGCGGCCCUCUGGGACGGACACCUACGGGCGGAACGCAACCCGGCCCUACUUCUUUACAGGACAAGCUGAAUGACCCGAAGCCCCCAUCAAAGGUGAUAGUGCUCAUCACCAGGAUGUUUAGCGUCAAUCUCCCUGAAGCGCGGGAUGGUUCACCGGACGCCCCGGAGUUUAUUUCUCCUUUCCAAGAGUCGCUCCCUGAUGGAUACCCCUUCCCGGACAUCAGCAAGCGCAAAAAGAUUAAAGAAAAGAAGACUCCUAUGUAUGCUGUUGCGAUCAGCAUUCAGAUUCCUCUGGGUGCUAGACAUGGCGCCCGUCCGAUCUCACGGGUGGGUCCCCAGGGAGCAGACCCCCUCAAAUCGGGCGGCUCCAUGUCCUUCUCCCUUGACUCUGCCCAAGGGUUUGGUAGCUCCUUUCUCGAGGAAACUCUUUCUUCGCCGCCGGCGAGCCUGGACGAGAGGAUCGAUCUGCUCGUGGAUCAUUGGGAUGCGAUAACUCGUACACUGUCCCGUCUCGAGAGAUUAGCAAGCAGAGAGAUUCUCUCGCUGCUCAAGCAGUUCGAUGCCUUGUCCAAUCUCCAGCCCAAGCCGGCCAAAGCACCAAACAUGCAGAGAACGAACCAGACGAUAGUCCAACUGCCGCCGAACAUAUUAGCGGGAAACACCAAGCUCAGAGAGGAGGCGUUGCUAUCGUCACAGCGCAUAUGUUUCGCUCUUCGGAUACCUCGUGUAGUCACGGGGCAGAGCAGAUGGGGGGUAUGGCGUGAAGAGGCUCGUUGGAUCGCUCGAGGAUUGGGAGAUAAAGAGCAUAACUUCUUUUUCCUCGUCCUCAUCACCUCGUUCCUUGGCAAUCAUACCGAAUGGCUCAGCUCCCUAGGACCAGAUUGGUAUCGGCGGCGCCAUUACCAGCAGCAGAAAGCCCAACAAGACGCGGAACCGGUAAUAUCAAACAGAACCGUGAUUGUGUGUCCGGACAAGAUGACUGCUCGAAGACUGAUAUUCCUCUUGUCAGCCUUCUUGCCAGCUAGACAGCGCUUCGAGCCUCCGGCCUCGCCCUUCCGUCCUGGAUCCUCCACCAGUGCACGGCCGCUCUCACAGAGCCCUCCCAGUGUUCCGCAGCUCCGGCAGGAAUCCCUGCGGAGAACAAUCGAGAGGCGGGCCCGUGCCCAACGACUCAACCUGGAUGAUAGCGACAGCCAUGAAAGGUCGAUCAGCGUGUCGUCUAGCGAGACUGCCCACCGGUCUUCUGAUGAUGUCGAUUCUGUCGCCGUAAUGGACUACCCCAAACCGAGGAGGGAGUCGGAUGCACGCUCUAUCAGAACCAUGAAUCUCCCUAUUCAUACGAACGACACGCGGAUGAGGAAGGCCACUGCGUCUACCGCUUCGACAAUGGCUCCAAACUCGACGGUUCCCGUGGCUCAUUUCGCUUCUCAACAGAAUCGGCGCGUGCCUGGUAGACGAGAGCGGUUAGAACCAGAUGAGACUGAUAGUUUAGCGUCAGCAAACCUACUUCGCAAUCUGCAGAGGAGCGAAAGCUCCAAUAUUAGUUCUGACAGCAAUAAUCCUGCCGGUGGCCGUCGAUGGAGUGGUAUGUUCUCUGGUCUCUGGGGUUCACGGCAGGGAUCGUCCGCCACGGAUGAUACCGAGAUCAACGCGGGUCCGACUACUGAACGGAGGCAAUCUGCGCAGAUUUCCAAGCCAACACUCAGUCAAAUGGCCCAAGAAGUCGCUGUUUCCGACGAGCAGACUUACAAGGAGAUAACGCCAAGCAAUAAAAUCACCAUCCCUUCAUCCUCCGCUGCUCCAAAGGGAUUGGAUGAGAACGCCCAAGAGCUAUCGUCUCCGAAUCCGGAACGCAACAAGGAAUCGCCUCUCAAACUCUCUGUGCGUGGUCAAGAUGGCGUUGUCGACGUUGAUCUCCCGCUGCCAGGGUUUGUCUCUUUGUCGUCUUCUGGCGACUCGACAUUGGCCUCUCCUAAGAAGACACGAACUUCAGUUACUAGCGUUGAUGCUGUUGCGUCGACACACAGCAGCAACUCAGGGUUUAACGUGCCAAUCAGAGAGAACGAUGGGCCCAACACCAAUGUCGCCGGUUGGCUGAAGAGCUUCCACGAAGACUUCCUUCUCCAGGCGGUAAGGCCGUAUGACAGCUUGGAAACAGACGUUAAGAGAGCCAUGUUGUCCGAGGCCGCCCCCAACCCACUUCCUGGCUCGACCGAUCUCGAUGGAGCAGAGAGGUGGGUUGAUGUGGCCACGACUCUGAUCGCCGAUACCCGGACUUUCAGCGUUAAGCGGCUGCGCCUGAGGCGGAAGAUCCAAGGCAACGGAACACCACUUCGAACCCCCACCUCGCCCUUAAACAACUCCCGUCCGGUGACCCCUCGCCAGCGUCCUGAAACGCCCUCAUCUACAACCCCGUUCACGAGUUUGUUCUCCAAUGCCGGCCGGUCUCGUAAGGAUUCCAUGGCGACGAUAAUCGAUCCUGCUGCGAUCAACGAAGCCGAGGAAAAGUUCGUCGAGGAGCCCGUGAUGGAUUUGGAUAGCAUAUUGGUCGAUGCAGUCGAGCGGGUCUUGGCACGCAGUGGCCAGUCCUCGGUGGUGCCUACGCGACCACCAUCUCCCAAUCGAGGACGCAAGGAAGACACGUCGGAUGCUCAUUCUGUUCACGGUGAUAUCCCCACCGUGGAAGUGCCUCGUGCAGAGUGCCGCAGAAUGGUCCUGGGCGCGUUAGAGGAGGUUGUGCGCAGUGUGACGGCUGAGCGCUUCCGCGAGGACGGCGAUCCUGAAUUAGGCCACCCCGUGUCAUCUGCAGACAGAGAACAGAAAAAGAAGCUCGCCGCUGUCGAUAAUACCCUGAGAGAGGGAGUCCGCAAAUGGCUACUGGAUGUCGAAGAAGCUGUCUGAUACAACACCGUGUAGUAUAUCGUGUACAUGCUGAUGGUUCAGGCGUUGUUUCGGUCCAGCACUGUUCGGGAUUAUCCUCUUACUCUUUUGCUACGAGAGCUAUUUCUAUUUUCUAUAAAGAGAAAGUGGAAACUGACGAUCGGGGAUUAGCAAGGUCCGCCCUGGACCAUAUGCGCUGGCGUCCCUUCUUCCUUUUAUUCCUAUGCAAUUCUAUUCUAGCGAUUGCUAUCUUUUUUUUUUCUCUACCGGGCCACGGUAAAGAAAAUUUCAACACUCAAAGCUAUUCUUGUAAUUCCAGGAUUCA